AUACAUAGCCUUGGUGUCCAGUAUUUACUGCAGAAUCCUGAACAAUUCAUAGAGAGUAACACUGAUCAUUCUUGGCAAGACUAUUUGAGCAUUAUGUCAUGUCAGGGAACAUGGGCUGAUGCAAUUAUAAUUCAAGCAGUGGCCAAUUGUCUAAAUCUGUCAAUUCAUAUUGCCGAAUCAUUUGAAACUUUUGCUCCUGUUACUGUUGUUCAAGCAGUGAAUGUGACAGGGGAAUACACAAACAUUUACAUUGGACACAUAAGUGAAACUCAUUAUGUUUCUACAGUAGAAAAGAGAAAACGUCGGGUUCCGAACAAUAAAACGUGUGAUCAAAGUAUAGUUGAAAAAAAAAUUGAUAAACAUGAAAAGUUACAUGAAAGAGUACAUGAGAAAGAGAAGAGCUAAUGCAGAUUUUAGAAAAAGAGAGAAUCAACAUUCUGUGCAAAGGUACAACAAUACUGAAACAAUUAGGGAGAAAAAGAACCAAACUGUCACAAAAAGGAAAAUGACCAAACCAGAAAGCUAAGAGAAAUUGACAAAAGGUCUAAAAGGAAACGGAAAGCAGAGAACCCAGAUCACAUAAAGGAAAUUGCGAAAAAGUCAUCAAGAAGACAAAAAGUUGAGAAUUCAGAACAGGUCAGAGAAAUUGACAGAAAUUCCUUUAGAAAACGUAAAGAAAAGAAUCCAGAACAUAGAAAAGAAGUUGAUAAACAGAGUUUUAGGAAACGGAAAGCAAAAAAUCCAGAACAUAUAAAAGAAGCUGAUACACAGAGUUUUAGGAAACGGAAAGCAAAAAAUCCAGAACAUAGAAAAGAAGUUGAUAAACAGAGUUUUAGGAUACAGAAGGCAAAAAAUCCAGAAGAUGGAAAAGAAGGUGAUAAACAGAGUUUUUGGAAACGGAAAGCAGAUAACCCAGAACACAGUGAGCAAGUAAACAGAAAGUCAGGAGAACUACUAAAUUCAAACUAUCAAAUUAUUUAAAUAUGGCUAUACCAGCGACUGAAAAUCAAUUUGAAAAUGCUCAGAAGUCAUCACACGUAUCAACUAAUAAUGAUCAGUUGUACAAACAGGGAAGAAUGAAAGCAGUGGUAUUUCUUUAAUAAAUUUGUUUCACGAAAACAUUAAAUGUGGCCCAGAAUACAUAUGUACCUGUUGCGACCAGUUGUGGUACAAGUCUUCAGUAGUGAAGUGUAAUGCUAAUAGGUACAAGGCAUGUUCACAAGAUCUUGUUGAGUCUUGUGUUACUGGGGUAAGAAGUGUAGAAAAUACUGAAUGGAUUUGCAGAAAUUGUGACUCAAAUCUCACGAAAGGCAAGCUUCCCAACUUCUCUAAAGCCAAUAAAAUGAGUUUCCCUAAAAAACCUGACCUGUUAAAUUUAACACCAUUAGAAGAACGGCUUAUAUCACCUCGUAGUCGUAUUCCAUCAGGGGUUACAGAUACACUAUUACAGGAACCAGAUGUAGUAGAAAAUGUAGACAGGAUAAUUUCUUUUGCUCCAGGAGAA